UGAGUUUUCGUCAGACUUGAGGCCAGGAGGACAAGCACACGGAAGGGGACGAAGAAUCCAGGGUGUGGCAGAAGACUCUGAAGGGAAGCUAAGGGGGACGGAUCCAGCGAGACGUCGGGGGCAACAAACAAGGUUUUGAAAAUGGACCGACCUGUGAGGCCAAGAUUGGCCUCGCUCAGUGACUUUCAGUUUGGAGCUGUUGCCACAGAGACAAUCGAAGACGCUCUGCUCCACUUGGCCCAGCAGAAUGAGCAAGCCGUGCAGGAGUCUGCGGGCCGGAUGGGCAGCUUCAGGGAGACCCGGAUCGUGGAGUUUGUUUUUCUCCUGUCUGAACAAUGGUGUCUGGAGAAAUCCGUGAGCUACCAGGCUGUAGAAAUCCUAGAAAGGUUUAUGAUUAAGCAGGCAGAGAACAUCUGCAGGCAAGCCACAAUCCAGCUGAGAGAGAAGACAGAGCCUCAGAAUUGGAGGGCUCUGAAAGAGCAGCUUUUCAACAAGUUCAUCCUGCGUCUUGUGUCAUGUGUUCAGCUGGCAAGCAAACUUUCCUUCCACUACAAAAAAAUCAGCAACGUUACAGUCCUGAAUUUCCUCCAGGCUCUAGGGUAUCUACACACUAAAGAAGAACUGCUGGAGUCAGAGCUUGAUGUUUUGAAGUCCCUGAACUUCCAAAUCAAUCUGCCUACUCCCCUGGCAUAUGUGGAGAUGCUCUUGGAGGUUUUAGGAUACAACGGCUGUUUGGUGCCAGCCACACAGCUGUAUGCAACCUGCCUGACCCUACUUGACCUAGUCUAUCUUCUCCAUGAACCUGUAUAUGAGAGCCUGCUGAGGGCUUCAAUCGAGAACUCCACACCCAGUCAGCUGCAAGGGGAAAAGUUUAUUUCUGUGAAGGAAGACUUCAUGCUGUUGGCAGUAGGAAUCAUUGCAGCAAGUGCUUUCAUCCAAAACCAUGAGUGUUGGAGCCAGGUUGCGGGGCAUUUGCAAAGCAUCACUGGCAUUGCCUUGGAGAGCAUUGCCGAACUCUCUUAUGCAAUCCUGACUCACAGCGUGGGAGCCAGCACUCCAGGUCGACAGCGGCCUGUUCCUCCCCACCUGGUGGCCGGAGCACUGAGGGCUCCUACUUCUCCAACACAUGAGGCAGGCGGAAUCCACCCAAAAUAAACAGCCUUCUGUCACUGCACUCAUCUCUCCCUUUCCUUACUUUCAUACUCAGGGUACAGGAGUUCCAAGUAUCUUCUGAGCUGUGUUUUAUAUUCCAACUUGAUGCUUAUUUUUCUGCAUCAGAGAAAGAGUUAAGGCGAAUAAGCAUGUC